AUGGGACCAAAGGCGUUCAAAACAUUAGUUCAUAUACUAAGGGAGAGAAACUUGUUGAAUGAUAAUAAAAAUAGUUCAGUUGAAGAGCAAGUUGCACUAUUUCUAUAUAAAUUAGCACAUAAUGUAAGAAAUCGCGUAGUUAAUUUCUUCUUUCGCUGGAGCGGAGAGACGAUCAGUCGUCAUUUUCAUGGAGUCCUCAAGGCCAUAUUGUCAUUAGAAGCGGCAUUUUUGGUUCAACCGAAUGGAUCUAUAGUCCCUCCAGAGAUAUCGGAUAGUGAAGGCCGGUUUUAUCCAUACUUUAAGGAUUGUGUUGGUGCUAUUGAUGGAACCCACGUUCGUGCUAAAGUUUCACAAGAAAAAGCACCAAAAUAUAGGGGUAGGAAAGGAAUCCCCACAAUGAACAUAUUAGCAGCAUGCACAUUUGACCUAAAGUUCACCUAUGUUUUGGCGGGAUGGGAAGGAUCAGCUUCUGAUUCAAGAAUAUUGGAGAAUGCCUUAACAAGAGAUGACAAACUAAAAGUUCCUCCAGGUAGGUGGUAG